UCCACCUCCGCAGAUUCUCAUCACGAACAGCUCCAGACCCCAACAUAUUCAAGAUGCCUCACAAGCACAAGCGGAAGCAAAACGAUGCGAAUAUCUAUGAUCUUCCACCUUCUAUGAUCGCAAAAUCUCUCCCGACACGCGAUCCUAAUGCCAAAGACAAAAAUAAGAACUCAAAAAAGAACGCCAAAGUCAAGGCGCAAGACCAACUUCAAGCUCGUCGCAAAGCUGCCCAUGACGAUGACACCCCCAAAGCCUUUCUCCGCUUGAUGCAAUUCCAGACAAAAGGAAAGCAAGUGCCAGCGAAACCAGACGCAGGCGGGAGUAAGAAACGCAAAAGAGGGCUAGACAAAUCCGAUGAUGUGACAUCAACUACACGAAAGAAGUCUGGCCCUGCAGCUGUAAAGGAACAGAGUAACGAUGCCGAAUCGCAACCGAAACCGAAGAUCCUUCCGGGGGAGAAGCUGUCGGAUUUCGCGGCGCGAGUAGAUCGUGAAAUGCCGAUUUCUGGGAUGAAGAAAUCUGGGAAACCCGCAUCGUUGGAUGUUCCUAAGAUUCGCGGCGAGCACCGAGUUACGAAACAUGAGAAACAUUUACUCCGGCUACAGAAGCAGUGGCGCGAGGAGGAGGCAGAGAUCUUAGAACGUGAGGCUGCUGAGCGGGAGCAGCGAGAGGAAGAGUUAGAGGAUCAGUUGGAAUUAUGGAAGGAGUGGGAAACGGAGGCCGGCAAGGCAAAAGCGAAGAAGAAGGGAGCGGGCGCAAGGAAAGGCGGCAAGGGCAAUGGUGACCCAGAUCCCUGGGCUAAGUUGAAGACCAAGGAUCGUCUGAACAAGCCUGCGAAUCCUUUCGAAACCGCCGAGGCACCACCGCAAUUGACGAAGCCAAAGGAGAUCUUUAAAGUCCGAAGCGGCGCUAAAGUUGAUGUCGCUAACGUGCCGAAUGCUGUCGGUAGCUUGAGGAGGAGAGAAGAGUUGGCUGGUGAAAGAAAGAAUAUUGUGGAGGAAUAUCGGAGGCUGAUGGCCGAAAAGAGGAAAUAAUCUGCUGACCAGGCUCAUGACAGCAUGCAAUCUCCUUUUUCUCUCCAUUUUGGCGACACGGCGUCUUGUUAUUAGGCUCUCCUUCAUCUUUGGUU